AUGGCGGCUUACAGUAAACCCUCGAUGCCCUCGAUACCUGGCUACGAUCAACCGAGAUACCAAGACGCUGCAUUGGACCCGUACCAGCAACCAUUCUCAACCCAACAUGCGGACAAGUUUGCUCAUCUUAACCAGCAGGCUUUUGGCUCCAACAAUGCAGUCGCCUCGUACCUUCCAUCCGAGCUGACCGUCAUCUCGUGCCAACCAGCUUCAGGCGGCUUUGGCUCCAAGGUUUACCUCAAGAUUUCAGCACCCUACGACCUGUUCCCGAUGUCGUCACAGAUUCGAUACUUUUUUCUGCAGUUUGGUUCGCACAAAUGCUCCAUGCAAGAUGUAGCGAGGGACAACCAGGACAGCUCCGGCUUCAUUUACUCGUGCAGCGCCGAUGCGCCGCAGUUUUUAGUCACGGGCUCCAACUCGAGCAACGUGCCAUUGUCACUAGUCAUAGAAGAUCCCACGGGCGUCGAAAUCUCAAGGGCUGUUGCCGGGCACUUUCAAUACGUGGAAGGGUCCGGAGAUGGUGUCACGAGACCCGACAAGCUGCCAAAGAGCGAGCCGGGCGCACCCGGCACGCAUGUCGAUCAGCCAGGCCAUUCACCCAAAUCCGGAGAGGGUCACAUUGGCACCGAAACUUCUACAAAUAGCUACGAUUAUUCCUCACAGCCUGGGCCCUAUGCUGCAGCAUUUCCUCAACCUCACAACGACAUGAUUACGACAUAUAGAAGCAACAGCUUUGCUGACUCGAGCUACAGUGGACGCCGCUCGCUGGGGUGGAACUUUAACACUCCUCUGGGCAGCACCCGGAGCUCCAUUGGCGGUCUUGACAGCGUCGGAAGAAGCAGCCUCUCGAUGCCCGCGUCUUCGCCAAACACACCUGCGCUGAUUCGUACGAGCACAAUCACCAGUGGAAGCGGCGCUGGCAGUCAGUAUGCUGCCAUUUCCCUCUAUGCGGCCAAGGCUGUCUUGAAGAUCAAGGGUUCGCUGGAUUCCAUGAUUGAUGGUUGGACGACCGAGGAGUGGGAGAAUCGUCGCCGAAUCGUCGUUUUUCGAAAGACACAAUCCGGGUCUACUCUGACGGCCGAGUUCCAGCCAGUGCCCGUAAAUGAGCGCCCGCCAAAUAGCAUUUGCGUCUCGUGCAUUUAUUGGGCUGAGAAGAACGAAUGCUACGUCACAUCCGUGGAUACUAUACAGCUGCUGGAGCAACUCGUCGCCUCGCCUAACCGAUUCAGCGUGGAGGAGAAGAAUCGCAUCCGCCGAAACCUCGAGGGCUUCCACCCUCUGACAGUCUCCAAGGCCAAGCCCGAAAGCGAAGAGUUCUUCAAGCUCAUCAUGGGCUUUCCCAACCCGAAGCCGCGAAACAUUGAAAAGGACGUCAAGGUCUUUCCAUGGAAGGUGCUUGAGGGAGCGCUCAAGAAGAUUAUCGGCAAGUAUAGCGCGAGUCCCAGCAGCCAAAUGUCUCAACCAAGCAUGAAUGGCUCCAUGAACCCAGGCGGCGGCGGCGGCCCGUACGCACCAUCGCCGGCCUCGCACAUGGCGCCGCACUCGAGCAUGUCGUCGCAUCACGGCGAUGCUGGCGCGCACAGCCAAUACUCGAUUGCUCCGAGCCACCACGAUGCCAUUCCCUCGCCGCGAUCGCUUUCCGGCUCGCAGCCCAGCUGGACACCGUAUACCACGGCGUCGUACCCCAGCGUCGGCCGCGCGUUGAGCCCCGGCGGCAUGCGCAACCACAGCCCUCACCACCAGCCGCCGCCGCCCAUGCGCAUCAACACCAGCGUUCUCCCCGCCGUCAGCACAUAUGACAGCAGGACAGUGUCGACGGGCAGCUACGGCCAUAGUGGACUGCACACGCCCAUUAGCCAUCACCCGUCUGCCGCCACCCCGCCCAGGUGGGAAGCCACGCCGGCAAGCUAUGCGGAGAGUUACUCGGGGCUGUCGUCGCAGCACGGCCACGCCGCGCCACCAAUGUACAAUGGCGCUGGGUAUAGCGAUGGCAGUUCUCGUGUCUAA